GUAUUCGACCCCUUUGCUAAGAUGUUUGAAUGAGGAAGAAGUAUUAUACGCUUCACAGGAGGUACAUGAAGCACCACCGCAAGAGCUUAAUUUUGUAAUUGCUCCAUGGCCAUUUGCAAAAUGGGGAGUGGAUCUAAUUGGUCUCAGGCCUAUGGAGAGAGGAGGAGCGAAGUUUACCAUUGUUGCAGUUGAUUAUUUCACUAAGUGGGCUGAAGUAGAACCACUUGUCAAGAUUGCCGAACAAAAAAACACCAAUUUUAUAUGGAAAUUUAUUAUAUGUAGGUUCAGGAUACUACAUUCCAUUGUGACUGACAGCGAGAAGCAGUUCGAUAAUGCCCAUCUUGCAAACUUUUGUGAAGAGCUAGAUAUAAAAAAACAUUUCUCUAUACCAAACCAUCCACAAGCUAAUGGUCAGGUUGAAGCCAUCAAUAAGAUCAUUAAAUAUAAGUUGAAAGGAAGGCUUGAUGCCCAUAAAUGA